UAGGGAUUUUUGGCGGUUUUAGGGCUCUCUCUCUCUCUCUCUCUCGACUCGCUCACUCUCUCUACUUGCGCUGCUUUUAUUUCUUUCAUAUCGCUCUGCUCAUCUCUUGUCUUGUCUUCUUCUUAUUCUUCAUCAUCUUCUUCUUCUUCUACGGUGCUCGCUCUGAUCCCUAAAUUUCUAGGUUUAACCUUUUACUGUUUUCAAUUUCAAUCGCGAUCCGUGUUUUCUUGUUCUUCCCCAUGGCGUCGAUUUUAAUGCUGUGAGAAGAGAAUUGCGCCGCCUCAGUGUUGAUAAUGUCGCCUCCUCUCAGAGAAAAAACCCUAGCCGCGAUCUAUAACAUACAUCGCCGGAAACGUUCGGGCAAGAAGAUUUGUCGGAAGGAGCUGAAUGAUUCCGAUAUGGCUGGUCCAUUGACGGUGAUUACCAAGCGCGAACCCGGAGAUACUCAGGUUAAAGAAGAAGUAGAAGAAGAAGACGAAGGUAACGCAUCUGAAAACAACGCCCUGGUUGAAGUCAAGCUAGAGAAGGAAGAAGAAGCUGGUCCUCUUGUUACCUGUGGACUCCUCAAACGGAAACGACUCACUCGUGGAGGAAGAUCUAGAAGAUUUUCAGAUAGCUGCGUAGAGGAUAAGCAGCUUAUUAUACCUCAGAAAAGGUUAACCACUCGAUGGAACAAUGAAAGGAUUAAGUUUGCGGAGCAAACAUUAGCGGAUGUAAUGAAAGAGAAAGGUGCUUCCUUUGAGUCUCCUGUUUCACGACAGCUUUUAAGAGUUACUGCUCGAAGUAAGAUAGGUGAUACUGGGCUCUUGGACCAUUCUUUGAAGCAUAUUGAUGGCAAAGUUACACCUGGUGGUGCUGAUCGGUUUAGGAGGUGUUACAAUACUGAUGGAACUAUGCAGUAUUGGCUUGAAAGUGCUGACCUUGUCAAAAUUAAACUUGAAUCCGGAAUUCCUGACCCUACUUGGGUUCCCCCUUCUUGGUGGAAGGCUCAGACUGCAUUACAUGAUCCAUCUGCGGUUUCGUCAAAGCUCCUUUUGGGAGAGAUUGAGCAAAUGAAGAGUGAUAUCAAAGAGCUUGCAUCAAAGCAAAAGUUACCAGAUCAAGCUGAAGCAAAUGAGAAACUAUACAAAGAUCUUAUGAGUUGGAGGGAAAAUACUGAUAAGCAAAUUCUGGAGAUCUCUAAUUCGUUGACUUCAACUCAGGGCAUGUUUAAGGAAUUGAUAUCGUGGAAAGAUAAAGUAGAACAGAAGUUGGUUGGAAUUUCAAACUCUCUGAGCAAUCUGCAGCCAAAUGGGAGCACAUCAUUCAGUCCAGGUCCCGAAAAUUGGGAACAUAUAUUGAAGAAUGCCAACUUGGAUGAUUUUACAGCGAAUGGUUUUGAACCAUGGGAUGACCUUAUUGAUGGUUUACCAGAAGCUGUCAGGCCGGAUACCUAUGCGCUUCUGCCAAAUCCUUGCAAAAGCUCCCUCCAAGACCAUACCUUGUUUGAGGAACAGUCAUUGGUCAACAUCGAUAUACAAAGGACAGAGAGCUGCAUGACUAGAGGUGAGUCCAGAAGCUCCAGUCAGGACAAAGCUGAAUUGACUCCGGGUUCUUCAAUAACUCUAGGUCCAAAAUCAGACAUUGACGACCCAGCUAUCCAGUCUCAGGAAAUCUUGAAGGAGUUGGUGACUUGGAAAGCCAAAGCAGAGCAGCAGCUUACGGAAUUAUCAAAUGCUGUCCUUGCUCUUAAGGGACAGAAUCAACCCAACUGGCGUUACCCGUGAAGACUAGGCCAAAAUUGAUCAGUGGUUAUGCCCUAACUAGUCGAUUUCCACCUGCAUAGAAUCCCUUAGAGAACAUGUACAGGGUUUCUGAUAAAACUAAACCAAAAAAAAGCAAAGAGAGACUAGAGAUCAGUAGCAUCUGAGAAGCUUAGGAACAGGUAGGACUUAAGUAAGUCAUAUAGAACAAGUUUUUAAGUGAUAUUGAAGGUAGAGGUACUUAAAUGGUAAUUGUUUUGCUGUAUAUUCUCUCUCUGAUGACUCUUAUUCAACAAUGAAGCUUUUGAGUAAUCUCUUUUCUCUCCUUGUUUUGAAA